GAGCGCGGCGCUGCCGGGAGGUGCGGCGGAGCGGCUGCCGCUGCUGCGGGCUCUGCCUCCCGGUGCUGCGCGGCGCGGUGGCCGGCGCGGGGCGCGGAGCGGCGGCCGCGGGUGCCGACCAUGGGCUGGCGGCUGCUGCCCGCCGUGCUGCUGGCCCUGGCGCUGGGCGGCCCCGCCGUGUGGGCGCAGAACGACACGGAGCCCAUCGUCCUGGAGGGCAAGUGCCUGGUGGUCUGCGACUCCAACCCGGCCACCGACGCCAAGGGUUCGUCCUCCUCCCCGCUGGGUAUCUCCGUGCGGGCGGCCAACUCCAAGGUCGCCUUCUCGGCCGUGAGGAGCACCAACCACGAGCCCUCCGAGAUGAGCAACAAGACGCGCAUCAUCUACUUCGACCAGAUCCUAGUAAAUGUGGGCAAUUUUUUCACGUUGGAGUCUGUCUUUGUAGCACCAAGAAAAGGAAUUUACAGUUUCAGUUUUCACGUAAUUAAAGUCUAUCAGAGCCAAACAAUUCAGGUUAAUUUGAUGUUAAACGGAAAGCCAGUCAUUUCUGCUUUUGCUGGGGACAAGGAUGUCACACGUGAAGCUGCCACAAAUGGAGUCCUGCUCUAUCUGGACAAGGAGGAUAAGGUUUACCUGAAACUGGAGAAAGGUAAUCUGGUCGGUGGAUGGCAGUAUUCUACGUUUUCUGGCUUUCUGGUCUUUCCCCUGUAAAGUCAAUUUUCCUGUGAAAUCCAUCCAGAUGUGGACUCAUCAUUGCUCCUGUUACAUGAAGAGCAUUUUAUCAUCAUGGGAUUGAUGUCUCUUUAUUGUUUGUUUUUUUUUUUUCAUGGGUGAAUAUGGAUUCUCUUUAUGGAUUUUGGCCCCAUCUGAACUACUCAGAAGUUUCACAGAAUUUUGUGUGUUUAAAUACAAUAUAUUUGGAUUGGGACUAAAGCAGACAAUAAAUAUCUAUGCUUAAUGUUACAGUCUAAAGCUGCCUGCAAAAUUUGUUCUGAUUUCAUUUACUGGACUUAUUGGAUUCAUGGGAGAAGUGGAUUUCCUUUAAUUAUGAAAAGACUGGCAACCAGGUCUAUAUUUAGGAGAGUUCAGACUUCAAUCAAGAGUUAGUGUGUUGCUGCCAAAGAACUGUAUAUUGAUAUAUUGGUCAUACAUGUUUUUGUCAUUGGGACUUAACUGACAUGAUCUAUCCCAUUGUCUUGAGAAAGGUAAUUAUUAUUCAUAAGUGGUUGACUUUAAUUCUCCUCUGCGUGUAGUGUGUUGGAUGAUUCACCAACCAUAUUUAUGCUCUGUCACCUGUCACAAUCAAGUCUAGCCUACAGAAAGCUAAGAGGUUAUGGUUGUAUUUUAGUUGUAAUAAGGUAUUCCUCUUUUCCAUGUUUCCUAAAGAGAAGAGCAGAUUAUAACCAUAAAGAAAAAUAUUCUUACCAGCAUUAGAGGUGGUUAUUGAGGCACAACUUUGCAAAACAGCUUUGACCUGCAGGAACUCUUGCACUUGUUAUUCAAUUUUAAUCAACAUGAUUGAUAAUAACUGCUUUAUUAAAAACCUAAGGGAUUCCUUCCUUAGACACAACCACUUUAUUAGCUGAGAUCCCCUUGUUUGUAAUUAUGUGUAUUUUUCAAACCUGUUGUGUUAAAGGUAUCAUCUGGUUUUGCCUUAACUUCACAACUGUACAUAAUUUUAGAUCAUACGUUUAACAAAUAUUAAAUCCAAAUAGCUGGUACCUAACUUGGGGCAAUAUCUUUUUGGCUUUUUGUACAAGUCAUAUGAAUCCAUAAACUUAUUUAUUCUAUCAUUGUUAUAUAAUAAAGAUUAAUAUAUGUUAGCUG